UUCUCUUUCUAAGAAAACCCUCCCUCUCCCUCUGUUUUCUCUUCUUCCCUCACGUGUUCCUCCAUCCUUCACCUCAAUUUAUCUAAUUCUUCUCAAAUCAAGUAGAAAUCAACAUUCAAUCCCAUCUUCACACUCUAAUUGGCAAACUAAACUAGAAUCCAACUUUAAAUUUCUUCCCCUCCCUUUUAUUCCUCUCAGUCGAACCCUCUUUAAGAAAGAAAAUUGGAAAAGUUCAUUGUUUAAGCUCAUCAAAAACAUUGCAUGUGAAGCCUGGCUGAUUUGUUGUGUUGUUUGGUUGCUGCAAGAGCUUGGGUACUGCCUACUGACUAUGGGUGAUUCAUUCUCUAAAGGAAGUAGUUGAAGUGGAAGGUUGAGAGAAAGCUAGGGCUUUAUCAAGGACGUUGAUGCAUAAACUAAAAGUUGAUAUUUAAGCUAAACUAAGUUGUUCUAAGACUAGGGCUGGUACAAAGAUUAUGGAUGAUCAAAAAGGGUUUCAAGGGGAUAUUAGAAGUGGUUUUUGCUGCUAUUUGGAAUGAGAACAUGUAAACAGAAGCAAGAAUCAAUGAUUAAGGGUGUAAAGAAUUAAAAAGAGUUAUGUCAGAUUUGAACUUUAGUACCCACAAGGUGUUUGUGGAAACGUGGCAAAGGAAAAAAUAUUAGCAGAAUUACAAUGUUUAUAAAUCAAGCUCAUACUUAUGGUCAAUAUAAUGUUUUGAUUUGAUGUAUCUAGAAAAUUUAGAGAAAGAAACAAUAAAAUGGUGUAGGGGGAUACUCAGGAAUAGCCAAACCGCAAUUCAGGUUCUCAAGGUAGCUAUUAAUGCAGUCGAUGAUGGGCACGCCAGACUUCAGGAUGCAAAGCCUGUUGCUGUUGAAAAAAGAGUAAGAAAGAUAGCUCCGAUUCUAACGAUGAAGAUGAUGAUACAAGCUCUGAAGAAGAGAAGAAACUUGUGGCUGCUAAGAAAGAGGAACCACUUGUGCUACAGUUCUUAUCCGAGUAAUAUUUACGGAAGGAUGCAAAUCAGUAGCAGCUGGAAUGAAUGCAAUGGAUCUGAGAUGAGGUAUAAAUAUGGAUGUUGAUGCUGUUGUUACAAACUUGAAAACAGAGCACGAAUGAUCGACACUUCUGAAGAAAUAGCUCAGGUAUGUGUAUCAAAUUUUUAGAGCUAACAGGCGUAUUCCAAGAAAGUGGUGACAACCUCAAGGACUGCAGGACAAUAGUUUUUAUGAGUUUUGUAUUUUUAAUCGACACUUCUGAAGUAAUUUUUUAGUUUUUAUCAUCGAGUUUCAUGAUUCAGUGUUUUGUUUUGUAUCUUUUCCUGGGUGUAUAUGUGAAUAUACACAAAUUAAAUUUCAAUUUAUGUGCGAUGAUAAAAAUGUUUGAUUUUUAGUAACUUUUACUUUUCAGUCCAUCUGUGCAUUUUGUUUUUGCUGCAUGAUUUGGAUACUUUUGAAGGGGGCAUAUAUAGAUAGAGAUAGCAUUUGUGCUAGCAUUUUUAUAUGGUUUCUUGGUAUGCCAGAAAAUUAGUCCCAUAAUGAAGUUGCAGGAGGGAUGGUAGUAAUGCAGAAACGAAUAUAACGUUCUUUACUGAAGAUUUUUCAUUCGAGUGGCAUUAACCUCAUUUAAGUGACUUUAUCUUGGUAUUAAAAUCGUGUAAUUCGCUACAUGUUAUGUUUGGAAAGGUUUCUAAGUUUCAGUUAUUCACUGUUGUAGAAAUUCCCUUUUUGUGGUGUUUUUGGAGAAGAAAUAAUGCAUAAUGAGGAUCAUUGGUGGCAGAUAGAUAGAUGG